AUGCUCAGAGGCAGAGCUCCGGCCGCACUCAUGUCCUCCGUCAUCGCUCCCGCCAAUCCCUCUGGCUCCACGGGACCCAAAGAUGUGGAGUUGAUCCUGGUGAAGGAGCAAAAUGGCGUUCAGUUCACCUCCUCCGCCAUCAUCGCGCCAACCGGCCAGACUCAUCCGUCUGGAGAAGAACGAGAAACCUGGGCCAAGAAAAUUGACUUCCUGCUGUCUGUCAUCGGCUUUGCGGUGGACCUCGCCAACGUCUGGAGGUUCCCGUACCUGUGCUACAAGAACGGAGGAGGUGCCUUCCUCGUCCCCUACUUGUUCUUCAUGGUGAUUGCCGGAAUGCCACUCUUCUACAUGGAAUUAGCGUUGGGACAAUACAACCGUGAAGGAGCGGCGGGAGUCUGGAAGAUUUGUCCGAUAUUUAAAGGUGUCGGCUUCACGGUGAUCCUCAUCUCACUGUACGUGGGUUUCUACUAUAACGUCAUCAUCGCCUGGGCGCUGUUCUACCUGUUCUCGUCGUUCUCCGCUGAGCUGCCGUGGGUCGACUGCAACAACACGUGGAACAGCGCAAACUGCGCCGACCUGAACGCCACCUUCCUGAACGACUCGCACAAAGCCACACCUGCUUUAGAGUACUUUGAACGUGGUGUGCUGCACCUUCAGGACAGUACGGGGAUCAACGAUCUCGGCCUGCCUCGCUGGCAGCUCACUUCCUGUCUCGCUGUCGUCAUAGUCAUCCUUUACUUCAGUCUGUGGAAGGGAGUCAAGACCUCAGGCAAAGUGGUGUGGAUCACUGCCACCAUGCCUUACGUGGUUCUGACGGUUCUCCUGCUGCGGGGUGUGACUCUGCCUGGAGCCAUCGAUGGGAUUAAAGCCUACCUGAGUGUGGACUUCAUGCGUCUGUGUGAUGCUCAGGUCUGGAUCGAGGCGGCGACGCAAAUCUGCUUCUCUUUAGGAGUCGGCUUCGGUGUUUUAAUCGCCUUCUCCAGCUACAACAAAUUCACCAACAACUGCUACAGAGACGCCAUCAUCACCAGCUCCAUCAACUCACUGACCAGCUUCUUCUCCGGCUUUGUCAUCUUCUCGUUCCUAGGCUACAUGUCGCAGAAACACAACGUGGCCCUUGAUAAAGUUGCCACUGAUGGUCCCGGUUUGGUGUUUAUAAUUUACCCAGAAGCCAUUGCGACGUUGCCAGGCUCCUCUGUCUGGGCUGUGAUCUUUUUCAUCAUGCUGCUCACGCUGGGCAUCGACAGCGCUAUGGGAGGGAUGGAGUCGGUGAUCACGGGACUCAUCGAUGAAUUCAAGUUUCUGCACAAACACAGAGAACUGUUCACGCUCUUCAUCGUGGUGUCCACCUUCCUCAUUUCACUCUUCUGCGUCACCAACGGAGGAAUCUACGUCUUCACGUUGUUGGACCACUUUGGGGCAGGGACAUCGAUCCUCUUCGGCGUGCUGAUUGAAGCCAUCGGCAUCGCCUGGUUUUAUGGUGUGGAUCGUUUCAGCGAUGAUAUCCAAGAGAUGAUCGGGCAGCGACCAGGAUUUUACUGGCGACUCUGCUGGAAAUUCAUCAGCCCCUGUUUCCUGCUGUUCAUGGUGGUGGUGAGCUUUGCGACCUUUAACCCCCCGAAGUACGGCUCCUACUCGUUCCCAAUGUGGGCCAACAUGCUCGGCUGGUGUCUGUCUAUCUCCUCCAUGAUCACGGUUCCCAUCUAUGCCAUCUACAAGUUCUGCGUCCUGCCCGGAAGCUUUUGCACCAAACUGGCGUAUGCCAUCACGCCCGAGACCGAACAUCACCUGGUGGAGCGCGGUGAGGUGCGACAAUUCACGCUUCAUCACUGGCUGGUGGUGUGA